AUGCCUAGAGGAUUCCUAGUCAAGAGAACAAAACAUUCUAACGCUAUAUCAUAUAGACAGCGUCGAAACUCCGAAGAAGAUGCUGAGCGUUAUGAAAGUGGCUCAGAUCACGAAGCUCCCGUAAUUACUAAAUUUGGAUCUCCGGAUUCGGGGUACUCCGUGAGUCCAGUAAACCUCAUCAUCCGGGAAAAUCCGGAUAACAUCCAGGUUAAUAUCAAAGACGAGGAAAACAACAAUAAUAUUAAUAACAAUAAGAAAAACGUCAACGAGAAGGAUUUUGUGAGUUUCUCGCCAGCAUCGUCACCACUGACUGUAAGUACCACCGCCUCAUCUUACCCAUCGCCAUUUUAUUAUGCCACAUUUGACAAGCUGAGUGUGUCAAACUUUUCGCCAAAUAAUCAAAACUGGAACUUGAAUGUUAAUCAGAGGGAAUCGCAAGUGGCGUCUUCAUCCCAACAAAAUAGUCCAAACAAACGCAGAGGAAAUAAUGAUAACGAUGCUAAGGUGCCCAAGAAAUCCAAAGCCAUAAGGAAGAUAAACUUUGACGAGGACAAGUCGUCGCCCGUCUCUGGUUGUAUCAUCAAGGACAUUUCUGACGGAGAGGAGGAGGGAAAGGUUGUAUACGGAGACAUUGACAGCAGCUUCAACUAUGUGGAGGCUACACCGGAGGCGCGUGCAGAAUUGGACAAAAUCGUUAACAAAAUUGGUGACUAUGUUUGUCAACUCUGUAAAGAAUUUUACUCCGAUGCCUUUAAGCUCGCACAACAUAGAUGUUCUCGUAUCGUGCACGUGGAAUACAGGUGCCCUGAAUGUGACAAGGUAUUUAGCUGCCCUGCCAAUUUAGCGUCCCACCGCCGUUGGCACAAACCCAGGCCCGUCAACAACAACAAACCCAACUAUCAGGCACCGAUUCUCCCAGCGAAACCAGAUUUGAGUAACGUGAACGACAACGCUGACAUUAACAAUUUGUCUGAAAGUGUUGAAAAUGGUAACGUAUUGUCAAUGACAGUUGGUGACCUUCGCGCCUCGCCUUCUAUUGACGGACAGUAUGAGUGCGAAACGUGUGGGAAGAAGUUUCGUCGCCAGGCCUAUCUUCGGAAGCACGUGCUCAACCACGCCAACGACCGACAAACAAACUGUAAGUUCUGCCAAAAAUCAUUUCCUAAUGAUGCGCUAAAAACCAAACAUGAACUUUUACAUUUGAAUAACAAUAACAACAAAGAACUGUGCUGCAAUGUAUGUAAGAUGUUUUUUCCUAAUAAGGUAAUGCUAGAGAAACACGUACGCACGCACACGUGUGAAGUGUUUAACUGUAAAUAUUGUUCCAGCACUUUUUACAGUUCUCCAGGACUGACUCGUCACAUUAACAAAUGUCAUCCCUCCGAGAACAGGCAAGUUAUUCUACUUCAGUUUCCACCUUCAGUAAAUCGUCCAAAUUAAUGUAUCU